AUGCGAGAACUCAUUAAUCAAGGAAGAGACCGAGGAUCGUUCAGUCGUUAUGACAGUGGUCAUCGUUUGCAUCUGGUAGCGGUGGCCAUCGGGAACAGGAGACUUUCUGCAACUGAAGCUCUUCUCAAAUGGAAACAAAGUCUCCCAAACCAACCAAUCUUGGAUUCAUGGGUCUCUCCAUCACCUCACAGCAGCAUCAGUGCAGAUCAAUCCCCAUGUUCAUGGCAUGGAAUCAAGUGUGAUUAUUCUGGAAGUGUGGUUGAACUUGACUUGAGUCACACUGGUCUUCAAGGUACUCUUGAAAACUUGGACUUCUCAGCCUUUCCAAAUCUUCUCCUUUUUAAUCUCAAAUUCAAUCAACUGACUGGUCCCAUACCAGAAACCAUUGGGUUGCUCUCAAAACUCCAAUUCCUUGAUCUUAAUCGUAAUCAUCUCAAUGGCACUAUACCUCUUUCUCUUGCUAAUCUUACUCAACUCUAUGAGCUUGACCUUUCAUGGAAUGAACUAACUGGGAUAUUAGAUCCUCGUCUAUUCCCUGAUGGAACUGAUGAUCAACCCAAAAUUGGAUUGAUAGUGAUGAAAUAUCUUUUGCUCCAAGACAACUACCUUGGUGGAAAAAUUCCAAAUGAAAUAGGGAAUUUGAAGCACUUGACUAUCCUAUAUCUGGAUGCUAAUAUCUUUUAUGGACCUGUUCCUCAUUCUUUGGGGAACUGUACAAAUCUAACUUCUCUCACAUUGUCUGAAAACAAAUUUUCAGGCAUAAUUCCCUCAAGUCUAGGUAGACUAACCAAUCUAACUGUGAUGCGUUUCCAAGAGAACCAUUUUUAUGGCCCUUUACCAGAAGGAUUUGGAAACAUUUCUUUUACUAUCAUGCUUCUAUCUCAAAACAAUUUCAGUGGCCAGUUACCAUCACAAAUAUGCAGAGGUGGUAAGCUUGUCAAUUUCACUGCAGCUAACAAUAGUUUCUCUGGUCCAAUUCCCAUUAGCCUAAGAAACUGCCCUUCAUUGCAUAGACUUCGGCUUGAACAUAACCAAUUGACUGGUUAUGUAGAUAAGGAUUUUGGAGUGUAUCCUAUUCUUACAUUGACAUCAGUUUCAAUAAGGUGCAAGAUAGGGGAUCUUUACAGGUUGUUCAAUUUGAAUUUGAGCAACAAUAACUUCUCUGGCAAAGUUCCAUACCAAAUUGGAAAUCUUGAGUUCUUGCAAGAAUUUUUGGACUUGAGCUAUAAUUCACUUUCUGGAGAAAUCCCCGUGGAUCUUAGCAAACUCAACAGAUUGAUAAGCUUGAACAUGUCUCAUAAUAAUUUUUCAGGUCCUGUCCUUGAUUCCAUAACAACAAUGUUAAGCUUGUCAAGCCUCAAUCUCUCUUACAACAUGUUAGAAGGUCCUGUACAGGAUAGUAGAAUUUUCAGUUCUCCUUACAUGGUUGAUUUGAGUCACAACAAAAAAUUAUGUGGGAGGAUCCAAGGUUUGAAACCUUAUAAUGUCUCAAUUAUAAAACCACAAGGUGGAGAUGAUAACAAAAAGAACAUUGCGAUCGCUAUUUGCACUUCCUUGUUUGGUUCAUUGGUUGUUUUGAUGGGGACAGCUGGAAUUUUCUUUAUUCACUGUAAGAGAAACUCAAGAGCUCUAGGACACAACAGUGAAGUCAACAGAAGAAAUAUGUUCUCAAUAUGGAAUUUUGAUGGUAGAAUCAUGUAUAAAGACAUAAUUGAAGCAACUAACAACUUUGAUAAGAAAUAUUGCAUUGGAGAGGGAGCUUUUGGGAAAGUUUACAAACUGAUGUUGCCAGGAGAGGAUAGAGUAUUUGCUAUCAAAAAGUUGACAUGUGAAGAAGAUAGCUUAGACAUUGAGAGCAUAAAAGCUUUUGAAAGUGAGAUCAAAGCAUUGAUAGAGACUCGCCACCGGAACAUUGUGAAGUUGCAUGGAUUCUGCUUGCAAAGAUCACACAUUUUUUAUUUGCGAGUACAUGGAAAGAGGAAACUUAGAGGCUAUGCUUAA